AUGUUCGUGAAAGAUGAAGAAAAGUGGAAUGACGGAUUUACUGGGAAACUGAAUAAGCAUCAAAUACCACCCAUUCUUGUAUUGGACCUGAACACCAAUCAGUUAAUCGGACGCUUUGAAAUUCCUGUUAAUCAGUAUGAUGAAAUUGUGCCAGAAAGGUGCGAUGAAGCUUUCACCUACAUUCUCGAUAUGUACGCUUACGGUACAAUCAUCUAUGAUUUCAAACAAGCACGGACAUUGAGUGUUGUUCGCAAUUACAUACUUUGCUUUUGA